GAAGAGAGUCAAAAUGGAGGAGAAGGAAACAGCCUGCGCCAAGCUGGCCGAGCGAGCCCAGAAAGAAUCUUGCGUCGUCCAGGCCGGUGGCCCCACCGAAGUACCGAGACGGGGGUCCCCACUGCAGAUCAAGCAGGAGCCGGACGAGGGCCUGGCCCAGCGCUGGGAAGCCCAGUGGCAGAAUUUCCUGAAGAUGGUACAGGCCCCGCAUCCUGGUUGGGGCUCCCCUCCGUUGCCAGAGCUGGUGGCUUUUAGUGACUCCAAACGGGUCCAGCCCGCUGGCGGGACAACCCCGCCGGUCUUUGGCUGGAAAGUGAAGGAGGAAGUCUGCGAGGAAGAGAUCGGGAACACGGAGGCCCAGAGACAGCGGUUCCGGCAUUUUUGCUACCAGGAUGCCGAAGGACCCCGCGAAGUCUGCAACCGUCUCCGGGAGCUUUGCCACUGGUGGCUGAAGCCAGAGAGGCACACCAAGGAGCAGAUCCUGGAGACUUUGGUGCUGGAGCAGUUCCUGGUCAUUCUACCCCCAGAGAUCCAAGGCUGCGUCAGGGACCGGGGACCGGAGAGCUGUGCCCAGGCGGUGGCCCUUGCUGAGGGCUUCCUCCUAAGGCAGAAGGAGGCCCAGUUGGGUCAGGCUUGCUUGGAGGAAAUGACGGUGAAUCUUCCAAAGAUCCAUCAAGUCUGCCUGGGGGCCUCUCGAAAGCUAGCAGGGGGCAGGCUGUUGAAUGAACAGGAGCGGCCACCUCUCUGGGCCCAAGAUUACCGAGAAUCCGCCGGUAGAACGUCGCUCCCAAAGAACCAGGACGGCCUCUUGCCACGGCCUGGAUUGGGCAAAAUUUCGGAGAACGAGUUAAUGAGGCCCGAAAGAUCUUCAGGGUCCCUUCCGACCAAGAGAGGCUCCGAAGCGAUCCCGUGCCGAGUGGGCUACAAAGAUCUCGGCGGGCUCCUUUUCCAGGAGAGGAUCCAAGAGAGCCCCCGGCAGAAGCGCUGCGUCGUCCUCCGCCGACGGAUCCACACGGAGGAGCGUCUCUACAAGUGCCAGGAUUGCUGGAAGAGCUUUGACCACCGUUCCCACUUCAUCCGCCACAAGAAGAUCCACACGGGCGAGAAGCCCUUCCAGUGCGCCGACUGCGGGAAGAGCUUCAACCGGAACUCCAACCUCACCACCCACAUGCGGACUCACACGGGCGAGAAGCCCUACAAGUGCUUGGACUGCGGCAAGAGCUUUCGGUGGAGCUCGGAUUUCAUUGUCCACGAGCGGACUCACACCGGGGAGAAGCCCUACAGCUGCGCGGACUGCGGGAAGGCCUUCCGCCGCAGCUCCAACCUCACGGCCCACGAGCGGACGCACCGGGGUGAAAAGCCCUACAAGUGCUUGGACUGCGGGAAAAGCUUCACCCGAGGUCUCUACCUGAUCGCACACAAAAAAACACACUCGGGGGAGUGAGCGGGGGCACAAGCGAGAGUUGGUUAGCGGCCCCUCCUCCUUGGACUUUUCCUGGGGGAGGAGAGUUCAUCAAACGUCUCAUCUGAAUUGCAUCCACGGCAAUUUUCAGCUCAUCUGGGAGGGCGGCGGUGGGGAACUGAAAUGAUCACUCCUGGGUUUGGGUUCAGGGCCCUGUCAGCAUCUUCAGAUGACCUGGUGCUGGAUGAGAUCCACAGUAGUCUCACUGCCAUGCUAGGUUGGCUCACUGAAGUUGCCCCCCCCCAAAAAAGUCAGCUGGAUUUCAUUUCGGCAGAUGGUCCUUCUCGCAAAUCCCUCGCCCCCAAGCCCGAUCGAUCAGUUUGGAAAAUGGGGCAACUCGGCCUACGAUGACUCCGUUUGGGAUGGCAGCUUCUCUCAGGACGUGACUCCCUACGGUGUGAGCAAUUUGAAUUGCCCGAAACCAAAAUCGGGAGAGAGCUGGAAGUGAGCAAGGCCUUGUUAGGAAGACCAGUUAUUCUGGGCCAGAUGGUUUCUUCAUCUUGAAGCUGAGGGAGAAAGUCUUUUGUCAAACUCCCGGCCUACAGGCUGGAUGCGUCACAUGCUGGCCACGCCCACAGCUGGUUCAGCGAACGGGGGUGGGGGAGUCCCAAUAUGUCAUGUGACAACGACAGGAGUUUGACACCCCUGCCU